AUGUUCUUCAGAGGAAGAACCUGGAUUUGGUUCUACAUCAGGACAAGCAUCAUUCUAGGAAGUAAACUAGAUAGCUCAGAGCUACCUGAGAAAAAUCUUUGUUACCAGCUUAACAGAUUUACAUGCAGCUUUAAGGAAGCAGAAAAUUACUGUCGUGCCCAUGGAGGACACCUUGCUCAUACUUGGAACAAGGAAGUUCAAGAUUUCCUCUGGAACUCUCUGGACGAAGGAGAGAAGUGGUGGAUUGGGGAAAACUUUAAGCCAAGAAAGCGUCAUGAAGAAAACCACCCAGAUAUCACAGCCUCAGCCCAUCCGCCAAAGCCCUUUGGCUGCACCUACCUGUCCAGAAACUUGACUCGGAUCUCAUCCAAAGAGGACACGUGCUUACUGGAAUGUUAUUUCAUUUGCCAGACCGAUUCCUUUCCAGAUCAAGAUACUAGUCAUGAAAGAAACGAAAAUAAUUCCACUUUACUCAAGAGACCCAAGAAGACAGAAACAGAAAUUGCGAUACCAAGAAAUGACAUGAACCCAGGAGUUCAUCAUUACCCCACAUGUCACCAUCCCGAUCGUGCUGAACGUCCCCUAUGUUACCCCAUCUACCGCUUCCCGUCAAUACAACCGGAAGUCACACUGCCAAUGUUAUCAGUCGCGUCUGUGCCGACCAGCGAGCCUCUCCCUGCGACAACAGAGCUCGCCAGGCCUGUUGCACGUGCUGGAAAAUCCCGGGUAGAAAUGACUUCAAGGCCAAAGGAGGACUCGCAUCUGGAUGUCUUCACCACUCAGCCGCAAGCAUCAUUUCAGAACGCGUCUGCCACGCCUCCUGGAAAAUCCCUGGCAGAAAUGACUUCAAGCCCAAAGGAGGACUCACAGUCGGAUGUCUUCACUUACCUACAAGCAUCAUUUCAGAAUGCGUCUGACCAGGUUAUAGAUGAUGUAGCUGGGAAAUUCAGCAGAGCGAUUUAUGAUUUGCAAGCUCGUGACAAGCUACAGCAAGCUUGCGAGGUCCUCCAGACGCUGACAGCCUUUGCCCCACGGUUUUCUAAGCAAGCUCACGUCAGUGUCAUCGAUUCUCUUAUUUACCUGAGUGAGCAGUUACUGAAGAUCCCGGUUCAGAACAACAGCAGUCUGGGCUUCAGAGUCCCUGUGAGCGUCUGUCUCUUCCACUCCCUCAACAGCAUCAUGGAAGCUGGUGAAGGAAGUUCGCAGAACUCUGAGCAGGAUGCUGAGCAGGUAGAAGACAUGCUAGAAAUGUCCUUGGUGGCACUUGGGAACAUCCAGGAAGCAUUUCUACAGGAGAACCAGUUUCCUGCAUCUCCAGUGACCUUGACCUCUUCCAUUGCCACUCUGAUGCUGAGCAGCCAAAACAUAUCAACUUUGCCUCUGAGCUCUUAUACUCUGGGUCACCCAGCUCCUGUGAGGUUAUGCUUUCCAUCGGCUGCGGCUUUGGAGGAGCUCUUGAACAAACACCCAGCAGUGAAUGUCCAGGUGGCAGGAGUAGCUUUAAAUCCCUUCAAGGAUUUUGGUGAUGGAAACAUUGUCGGAAGCAUUGGAAGUGUGAAACUAAGCUCUAAUCAUACAUUGCUCCAAGUCCAUGAUUUAAUGGAAGACAUUGAGAUCAUUCUCUGGAGAAAUGUGAGCAUGGAAACCCAUCCCAUCAGCCUCAACACAAGCACGGACCGUUUUGUGAUCACAGUGAACAUCACUUCUUUGGAGAAAACUCUGAUAGUGAGCAUAGAGCCUGAAAGUCCCCUGUUAAUGACACUCUACCUGGGCUUCCAGUAUCAGCCUAACCACACUCACUUCCACCUGAACGUCACCCUUCCAAAGGAUCAGAUGUGGCAGAAAGGGCAGCCAUGUUCUUUGCUCGAAGAUGAGGAGUACACGUGGGUGCUGACACCGGAGAGCCUGCGGUACGGGACUGGCACCUACUACAUAACAGCCGUGUGGAACAGGAGCCAGGACGGCGCUCAGUUGACAUCCCCGCUCGUCUCCGUUGUCACUGCCAUCACUCAGUGUUAUUUCUGGGACAGCCACAACAGGACGUGGAGGAGCAACGGAUGCCAAGUUGGGCCACAGAGCACAAUUUGGAGGACACAGUGUCUCUGUAACCACCUGACCUUCUUCAGCAGUGACUUCUUCAUUGUUCCCAGGACAGUGCAUGUUGAAGACACAAUCAGACUGUUCCUUCGUGUGACCAGCAAUCCCGUUGGGGUGUCCUUGCUGGCCAGCCUCUUAGGAUUCUAUAUGAUCAUAGUCGUGUGGGCUUGGAGGAAGGACCAAGCAGAUGUGCAGAAGGUGAAGGUCACUGUCCUGGCUGAUAAUGACCCCGACUCUCAAUUUCGCUACCUUAUUCAGGUCUACACAGGAUAUCGAAGAAGGGCCGCUACAACAGCUAAGGUUGUCAUCACCCUCUACGGAUCAGAGGGCCGGAGUGAGCCCCAUCACCUUUGGGACCCGCAGAAGACGGUGUUUGAGCGGGGAGGCCUGGACGUCUUCCUUCUCACCACUCGGUCCUCGCUAGGGGAGCUGCACGGCCUCCGGCUUUGGCACGACAAUUCGGGCACCAGUCCUUCCUGGUAUGUAAGCCAGGUGAUUGUCAGUGACGUGGCAGUUAAGAGGAAAUGGUACUUCCUGUGCAACUGCUGGCUGGCCGUGGACCUAGGAGAUUGCCAGCAGGACCGGGUCUUUCUACCAGCCGCAAAGAGAGAGCUCUUUUCCUUUAGACACACGUUUUCCUCCAUGAUUGUGGACAAGUUCACCCAGGAUUACCUGUGGCUCUCGGUGGCAACUCGGCAUCCCUGGAACCAGUUCACGAGGGUCCAGCGGCUCUCGUGCUGCGUGACGCUGCUCCUCUGCAACACGGUCACCAGCCUCAUGUUCUGGAAGAGAAGCAGCACCGCUGCCGAGAGAGACGAGCACACAUUGAGUCCAUUUGCUGUGACCUGGUCCGAACUGCUUAUCAGCGUCCAAACUGCUGUCAUCCUUUUCCCAAUCAAUCUUGUCAUUGGGCAGCUCUUCCCGUUGAUUCAACCACAGGAAACUCUGCCUCCCUUACCCCCGGGCCAGGCCUCCUGCCUCUCGGAUGCUUCUGUCAAGCCCCCCUGUCUCACAGAGGUGGUCGAGGAAUUAAAGGAAACUGUGGGAUUCCUGUUCAGGAGAAAUCCAUAUCUGUUCUCAGAGUGUGAACAAUCUCCAUGGAGUUGUUAUGACAUUAACAAGCUGGUGACACUCUUAUCCAGCCUCAUUUAUUCUCACUCAGAGGGUCAAGGUUGUCAUCAGCAGGCAGAACCCCGCUGGGCAAAUGUGGUUCCUGAAAACCACCGUCACUUCUGCUGUUACCUGCUCAGAGUUCUGCAGAGGCUGAAAUCUCACAUAGGCAGACUGGGUCUCACCCAGCUUCACCAGCCCUGUGACUUCCUACACGCAGCCAACCAGCUUCAGAAACUCCAGGAACUCUUGGAAACACAUACUCUUCCCACGGAGGAAGAGCCAUCCAGGGAGGUGACCGGUUUCCCCAUCCUGAGCCCAGCAGAAGGGAAGAAUGGCAUCUCUGGCGGCCUGCCCACAUGGCUGCCUUACAUCUGCUGGCUCCUCCUAGGGGUCACUAGCCUGGCUUCCGCCUUUUUUACGGCACUUUAUAGCUUAGAAUUGAACAAAGACCAAGCCACCAGCUGGGUGGUUUCGAUUAUUUUAUCAGUGCUUCAGAACGUCUUCAUCAGCCAGCCAGUAAAGGUGAUCAUCCUCACCCUCUUCCUCUCACUGUUGAUGAACAGGAUGCCAUGGCUUAACAAGGAGAAGGAACGACAAACGAGGAGGGUCUUGACACUCUUGGCAAAAUGUUCUUCACCACCAUUACCUGGUUCAAAAGAUAAGAACAACCCCAUCUAUGUAGCCCCACCUAUGAACAGUCCUCCUAAGCAUCCAACAAGAACCUUGAAAGAGAAGAAACUCUUCAGGCUGACUGGAGAUAUUUUGGUACAAAUCGUCUUCCUUAUCCUGUUGAUGACUACGGUCUACUCUGCAAGGAACUCCAAUAGAUUUUACCUCCAUCAAGCUAUCUGGAAGAGCUUCUUUCAGCAUUUUUCAGAAGUCAGACUUGUUGAGGAUUUCUACCCCUGGGCCAAUCGCACCCUCCUUCCUAACCUGUAUGGGGAUUACAGAGGUAAGAGUCACAGUCCUGGGGCCCAGUCAUGCCAAUGUGGGGUGCAAUUAGUUUUCCAAACACCCCGCAAGAGCCAUGAGAAACUGGAGAAAGAGGGGUGGGCUCCUUGGAUACGGCUGCCACCCUGUGGGCACCCAGACGGUCUGUUCCCUGGACCUCAUCUAAGCAGGUUCAGUUACAUCUGUGCACCCAGGCCCAUGGCGCUGGUUCCCACUGCUGUGUCUUAUCAAAGGCUGACAAAUGAGAACAAGAAUGGAUUUGGCUACAUACUUACAGGUGCUUUCUUCACUUCCAUGAGACUGGACAGCUUACCUUACCUGCAGACAUCAAAGGGCUUUGCCUGGUCUGUCGUCGCACAAGUCAUCUAUUAUCUACUCGUCUGUUACUAUGCCUUCGUACAGGGUCGGCGGCUGAAACGGCAGAGAUGGAGGUUCUUCGCUAGGAAGAGAAACAUCCUGGUCACGAGCAUAAUCCUCAUUAGCUUCACCAUCUUGGGGCUUGACAUGAAGAGCAUUUUUCUCCAGAAGAAAAACAUGGCACAAUACCACCGAGACCGCAACAGGUUCAUCAGCUUCUACAAGGCAGCAAAAGUGAACUCUGCUGCCAUUCACCUCGCAGGCUUCCUGGUUCUGCUGGCCACUGUUCAGUUGUGGAAUCUGCUGCAUCGUAACGCCAGGCUGCAGGUCAUUGGCAGGACACUGAGCAAAGCCUGGGGCGAGGUGGCGGGCUUCCUGCUGAUCAUCCUGAUCCUGCUCACAAGCUAUGCCAUUGCUUUUAACCUGCUGUUUGGAUGGACUAUCUCUGACUACCAGACUUUUGUCAGCUCAGCAAUGACUGUUGUUGGUCUCCUGAUGGGAAUUUCUCACCACAAGGAGGUUAUUGCUUUAGACCCAGUCCUGGGCUCCUUUCUGAUCCUCACCAGUGUCAUCUUGAUAGUACUUGUGAUAAUUAAUCUUUUUGUUUCUGCCAUUCUAAUGGCCUUUAGAAAAGAAAGAAAGUCCUCUAAGAGAGAAGCUACACUGGUAGAUGUGCUGCUACAGAAGUUCUCAAGUUUGUUAGGAAUCCAGCAACACCAGAACCCCUCAUCUAAGCAAGAAGCCAUGACAUCAAUGGCCACUGACACUGAAGUUUUAGAAGAUGAACUACCUUAAUCCUGGUACUUCCUAUCUUGGCUU